CACACUCUUCUAUAUAUUAUCUAUAUAGAUAGAUACGUAUAGAAAGAGAAUCUAGAGAGAGAAAACAGAAACCCAUUUCCCAGAAGAACAAAAAUAGAAAUGGCAACUUCAACCCAGUUCCCGGACGAUUUUCGGUGCCCGAUUUCCCUUGAGAUUAUGUCCGACCCGGUUAUUCUCUCGUCGGGUCAUACCUUCGACCGCUCUUCAAUCCAACGGUGGGUCGACUCCGGCCACCGGACUUGCCCGAUCACCAAUCUACCCAUUUCCGACCCGGUUUCUCUCAUCCCUAAUCAUGCCCUUCGGAGUCUCAUUUCCAAUUAUACCCUCGUCUCUUUCCCCAAACCACUGGCUUACCCUGACCCACAGUCCCUUAUUCAAACCCUUAUUGCUUCUUCUUCUUCUUCCAAUUUGGAUUCUAAGCUCAACUCGCUCGACCAACUAAGUAAGCUUUCUAAGCGUGACUUAGCGAUCCGAAGGAAACUCACUGAGUCAGGCGCUGUUUCUGCUCUUCUCAAUUGCGUUAACUCGGAUGAUGACUCGGGUGGUUUGCAGGAGAAAGCGCUUCAUUUGUUGUUGAAUUUGAGCUUGGAUGAUGAUAACAAAGUGGGGUUGGUGGCAGAAGGGGUUGUGGGGAGAGUGGUCUCCGCUUUAAGGAGAGGUGCUGGAGACUCGAGGGCGGUGGCCGCCACGGUUUUGACGAGUUUAGCGGUGGUGGAAGUGAAUAAGGCAACAAUUGGGGCAUACCCAGAUGCAAUUCAAGGGUUAAUUUCGCUGCUUUGGGGUGGCAGCGGUAGAGAGAGAAAGGAAGCUGCUACUGCUCUCUACACGCUGUGCUCUUUCCCCGAUAAUCGGGUUCGGGCCGUGGAGAACCAGGCUGUUCCAGUACUGAUUAAGAAUGCUAAUUCAGGCCUAGAAAGAUCAGUUGAGGUAUUGGGAAUAUUAGCAAAAUGUAGAGAGGGUCGUCAUGAAAUGAUUAAAUACUGUGGGUUAUUGGAUGUUUUGAUAAAAUUCUUGAAAAAUGGGUCUUCAAGAGCUGUGCAAUAUGCUCUUUUGACCAUCAGUUUGCUGUGUAGUUACAAUGAAAGGAUGCGUGUGUUGGCUGUAAGAGAAGGGGUGUUUGAGAUUUCUGUUGGCUUAUUAGAAGAUGAUAAUGAGAAAGUGAGAAGGAAUGCUAAUAGCUUGAUUCAGGUUUUACAAGGGAAAAGAUUAAGUCUUUGAUUGGUUUAUAAGGAAAAGAUGUGAAUUUGGCAAGUGUUCAUUUUGAAUGGAUUAUGGAAGCUUUGGAGGAGGGUGAAGAAGAAGGUGAGUUGGGCUUCCUCAAAAUUAUUUUUGUUGAAUAGUUUUUCUUUGUACAAAAAGAUUAGAAUUUUAGGGAAAAAAAUGUGUAUCUCUCUUUUCAUCUAUCAAUCUCUCUUUUGUUUUUUUUUUUUGGUUUUAUAUUUUCAAAAUAAGAAUGAAAAAAAAAAAAGAUCAAUGGUUCUUUCUCUUGUCACUUCUAUUCUCCUCAUGAGUUCUGUUGAUGUAAAAUUAAAAAUCCAAUAUUUCCAGUUUUUCCUUUUACAUUAGUAAGAAUGAUCAAUGAGAGCCUACAUAUAGCUGCUUAUAAACAGUAUACAAAUACAAUAGUGUCCAAGAUAUUUUCUAGUGCUGGUAAAGACUACAAAGUAAUUAGGCAUGAUUUGAAUAAAGAAAGAUUUGUUCUGCCUAUUUUUAUCCAUAUUGGUACACUUGCUUAAAGAUUUCAUUUGUGGUACUUUUUGUGCAUGGAAAGGGGUGAAGCACAUGAUUGAUUUGAUCUUUAUUUUUGGAUUUCCACCUUACAUGUUAAGACUGAGACUGUCCCACCUCUAUUGCUACUUCAUCAAUUUUCAUCUAACUGGAUUGUAAUCUGCUAAUGGCUAAAUGGUUGCUGUUAGUUGAGGUUACUACAAGCCAAAACACUUCAUUCUCCAAAUUGUUCAGAGGCGGAUUCGAAAUUUUGAGUUCUAGAGUUUGAAAUUCUGGAUAAACCGGCUAUUAGGUUUGCAAAACCAUGAACUCGUGAGCAAAAGUUGAGAGUUGUCAAAUGUAGUUAGUU